AUGGCACCAGCAGCAACUCUAUCCAUUGCCGACACUUACGCGGCACCGAACCUCUUCCCAUUGAAACCAUAUGUCCGAAUUCCGACCAGGCACUCUCUGCCUGCAGUAUGGAUGCGCUCGGGGACUUCGAAGGGUCUCUUCAUUCACCGAAAAGAUCUACCCGAGUCAGUAGAUCAAUGGGCACCGAUUCUGUUAUCAGCAAUGGGGUCAUCAAAUGGAAGUGGCAAGCAGCUUGAUGGUGUUGGUGGCGCUACCUCGACAACAUCUAAAGUGGCAGUGGUUGCGAAGUCUCAGCGAGAAAACAUCGAUGUCGAGUACACUUUCGUCCAGGUUGCACCUGAUCAGGCAGUCGUGGACAUGACUGGCAACUGUGGAAAUAUCGCGUCUGGUGUGGCCCCAUUUGCUUUAGAUGAGGGGCUUGUCAAGGCGAAGCCAGGUCAAACUGAAAUCGACGUCCGUAUUUUGAACACCAAUACUGGACAGACUAUUGUGGAAACAAUCCAGACUUCUGGUGGUUUCUUCAGAGAGGAAGGGACCUGUCAUAUUCCCGGUGUAGAGGGCACAUCUAGUCCUAUCAAGGUAGCAUUCCUCAACCCAGGGGGUAGCAUGACAGGAAAGAUGUUCCCAAGCGGCGCAACAAAGGAGACAUUGACAGUUCAAUCACAAACCGUGGGGAAAUUUCAAGUGCGCGUGAGUCUUGUCGACGCGGCAAACCCGUUUGUCCUUGUUGAUUCUCGCUCUUUGAAAAUUGAAGGCCGCCCCCAGUGGCCGGAUGCAACAGAUGCAGAGUUCAUCCUUGUGGCGGAGGAUAUUCGAAGAGAAGGUGCAGUACGUUUCGGAUUAGCUGCGGAUGUGGCGAAAGCAAGCACUGUUCGAGGCACACCGAAAGUCGCGUUCUUGUCUGCACCUGCUGAUGAAGGUUCCGAUCUGGAUGUGUUGUCAUUUACCAUGGGUAAACCGCAUGCCAGUCUGCAGCUUACUGGUGCAGUUUGUAUAGGUGCUGCGAUGGCUAUUCAUGGCACAGUUGCAUGGCACUUGGCCAAUGAAGCACGGAUCGAUAAAGGUCCUAGACAUGGGAUGGAGAUUGAAGGUCAGAAGAUUGCGGAUGCUAUACCCGUUGGAAUUAGACAUCCCGCUGGUGUGAUACAGGCCGAAACAGUAUUGGGUCUGGACGAACAGAGGAACAUUGACGUGAAGCAUGUUGCUGUAGUACGAACUGCGCGUCGGCUCUUCGAGGGCAAUGUUUUCUAUAGAGCGUGA